UCGGGAGAGGGAAAGUAUAUAAGCUCGUGAGAGACGCUCAGGGCUUUACUGCAGUCAGCACAUUCAUCUGAGCGAAUCCUCUCUAGUCUUAGAGAUAACCCUAAGUUAAAAAUGGCAUUCGCCGGAAUCCUGAGUGACGCUGACAUCACUGCAGCCCUUGCAGCAUGCCAAGCUGCCGACUCUUUCAAGUACAAAGAUUUCUUUGCUAAGGUCGGCUUGGCUGCCAAGUCCGCCGAUGACAUCAAGAAGGCCUUCGCCGUCAUUGACCAGGACAAGAGUGGCUUCAUUGAGGAGGAGGAGCUGAAGCUGUUCCUGCAGAACUUCUCUGCUGGUGCCAGAGCUCUGACCGACGCAGAGACCAAGACGUUUCUCAAGGCCGGUGACUCCGAUGGUGACGGCAAGAUCGGAGUUGAUGAGUUCGCUGCCAUGGUCAAGGCUUAAAUGGACAAACAGACCAACACCUGAAUACUAAAGGAACAACUUGAGCCAAGACAGAGCCUAAUCCUCACUUCUUCUCCUCUUCCCUCUCGCUCUUUCUCCACUCCACUCUCCACACCACUUUUAUACACUUGACCCUUCACCCCCGACUGUAGACAAACCGCUGCCUCCCUCUAUCUCUCUCUCUAACACCCUUUCUCUGACCGUGCUCACCCCAGUGCUGUCCACGAUGAAUGUACCUGAUUAACUUUAUAGCGUGGUUGACUUGUGUCUUUCUCUCUCUCUCUCACUCACUUCUGUCGUCGUUUUACUAUGUGAGAUUUGCCUACUGUGAGAUCAGUGAUGAUGCACUUUUAUGGGAAACGGACGGACGAUGAGAAAACAAUAAAGGUUCUUUUUCAGUAACACAA